AUGGAAGACUACAAACCCCCAGCUCUUCCCUUCCCCUUCAGUAACACCACCCCACCACCAACCCUCCUCACCCAAGGCGCAGAAGCCCACCUCUACAAGACCACCUCCCUCAACCCCUCCAUUCCCGCCGCGCUCAAGAUCCGCCCCUCAAAACCCUACCGCCACCCCAUUCUCGACCGCCGACUCACCCGCUCCCGAAUCACUCAAGAAGCGCGAUGUCUCGCCAAGCUAGUCCGCGAGGGCGUGAGUGUUCCCGCCCUCCUGGCGCUGGACUGGGAAGGCCACGGCGGGGAGGAGGGCGGAUGGGGCGGCGCCUGGCUGAUGAUGGAGUGGAUUGAUGGGGAUGUUGUGCGCGUUGUUCUUGAGCAGUGGGAGUCUUGGAUGAAGGCGAAUCAGGCGUCGCUGGAUGCGGGGCAGAUCGAAUGCGAGGAGGCUCGUGUGCGCGGCUUGCUGAGGAAAAUGGGUGCUGCUAUUGGUGCUCUGCACAAGGCUGGUGUCGUGCAUGGUGACCUGACGACGAGUAAUCUUAUGCUGCGGCCAUUUGCCGAUGCGGGUGAUUCUACCGAUGACUCGGGCUCGGGCUCGGUGGACGGUGAUGUCGUGCUGAUUGAUUUCGGUCUUGCGUCACAAAGUACGCAGGAUGAGGACCGUGCGGUUGAUUUGUAUGUGCUUGAGCGGGCCAUUGCGAGCACGCAUCCGCGCUCGGAAGGUUUCUUCGAGGAUCUGAUUCUUGGUUACCGGGAUAGCUACAAGGGGGCGCCUUCGACGCUGAAGAGACUAGAGGAUGUGCGACUGCGAGGACGCAAGAAGAGCAUGCUUGGUUAA